GAGUAGGGCGGGUCUUCGCAGAAUGCGGGUGGGAAAAAACAACGCAAUUGACACUGAUAGAGGGAGAGGUGAGCGGAAGUGAGUGUUUGUUUGUUGGUGAACUGUUCAAAACAGUGACCUGGAGCCUGAAAAACCUCGACAAUGUCCUCCAGUGGCGGAAUUCAGAUACCGAGCCGUCUCCCGCUGCUGCUGACCCAUGAAGGAGUCCUCCUUCCGGGCUCCACCGUCAGGUUCAGCGUGGACUCUCCGCGGAAUAUGCACCUGGUGAAGCACCGACUGCUGAAGGGGACCUCGCUGAAAAGCACCAUCAUAGGAGUGAUUCCCAACACCAAAGACCCAGAGCACGACACGGACGACCUCCCCACCUUGCAUAAAAUCGGUACAGCAGGGAUAGCAGUGCAGGUGGUGGGCAGUAAUUGGCCGAAGCCCCACUACACCCUCCUCAUCACUGGAUUGUGCCGCUUUAGUGUGUCGAGUCUACUGAAGGAGCGACCAUUUGUGCUGGCAGAGGUGGAGCAGUUGGAUAAACUGGAGCAAUACACGACCCCAGCAACAGAGGGGGUGACAGCAGAAGAUGGAGAGCUGGGGGAGCUGUCCCAGAAGUUCUACCAGGCUGCCGUACAGUUGUUAGGUAUGUUGGACAUGUCUGUUCCAGUGGUGGCUAAAUUCAGGCGUCUGUUGGACAGCCUGCCCAGAGAAACGCUACCUGAUGUAGUUGCCUCGAUGAUCCGCACCUCGAACAAGGAGAAAUUACAGGUCCUGGAUGCGCUGAGCUUGGAGGAGCGUUUUAAGAAGGCUUUGCCCAUGUUGACCAGACAAAUAGAGGGACUCAAACUGCUGCAGAAAACCAGGAAAAUGAAUCCUGACAAUGAGAAGAGGGUGCUAUCGGUGCGUAAAGGAGGAGUGUUCCCGGGCCGGCAGUUCAAUCUGGAUGAGGAGGAUGAAGAUGACGAUGGAGAUGACACCGUGGCCCUGGAGAGGAAGGUCCAUGGGGCCAACAUGCCUGAAGCUGCAUUCAGAGUUUGCCUCAAAGAGCUCAAGAGAUUAAAGAAGAUGCCUCAGUCCAUGCCUGAGUACGCCCUGACCAGAAACUACUUGGAUUUGAUGGUAGAGUUGCCAUGGAGCAAAAGCACCAAAGACUGCCUGGACAUCCAAGCUGCUCGUACUCUAUUGGACAACGAUCACUAUGCCAUGGACAAGCUGAAGAGACGUGUGCUGGAGUACCUGGCUGUUAGACAACUGAAGUCUUCACUAAAGGGACCCAUUCUGUGCUUUGUGGGGCCCCCAGGAGUCGGUAAGACGAGUGUGGGACGCUCCAUAGCCAGAACUCUGGGCAGAGAGUUUCACCGCAUUGCUCUAGGAGGUGUCUGCGACCAAUCAGACAUCAGAGGACACAGACGUACAUAUGUAGGGAGCAUGCCCGGCCGCAUCAUCAACGGUUUGAAGACGGUGGGCGUCAAUAAUCCAGUUUUCCUCCUGGAUGAGGUUGACAAACUGGGGAAAAGCUUGCAAGGAGACCCUGCGGCUGCAUUGCUAGAGGUCCUGGACCCAGAGCAGAACCACAGCUUCACAGACCAUUACCUUAAUGUGGCCUUUGACCUCUCCCAAGUGCUCUUUAUUGCCACGGCAAACACCACAGCGACCAUUCCUCCCGCCCUGCUGGACAGGAUGGAGGUGCUGCAGGUACCAGGCUACACCCAGGAGGAAAAGGUGGAGAUAGCUCACCGACAUCUGAUCCCAAACCAGCUGGAGCAGCAUGGAUUAACACCUCAGCAACUGCAUAUACCACAAGACACAACACAGGAUAUAAUCACCAGGUACACCCGCGAGGCGGGUGUGCGUUCCCUCGAGAGGAAGAUCGGGGCGAUUUGCCGAGCCGUGGCUGUGAAGGUCGCUGAAGGUCACAGAGUCACCAAGACAGAGGCUUUGACGUCUGAGGGACCAGCACAGCAGGGAGACAAAGCAGCUCUCCCAGAGAUGCCCAUAGUGAUCGACCACAUCGCCCUGAAAGACAUCCUGGGUCCUCCGAUUUUUGAGAUGGAGGUGUCUGAGCGGCUCACUCUGCCAGGUGUGGCUCUGGGUCUGGCCUGGACCCCCCUCGGCGGGGAGAUCAUGUUUGUGGAGGCAAGUCGAACAGAGGGAGAAGGUCAACUCACUCUGACCGGUCAGCUGGGAGACGUUAUGAAAGAAUCCGCCCAUCUGGCGAUCAGCUGGCUAAGAGCUAACGCUAAAACCUACCAGCUCACCAACAUGGUAGGGGGUCCAGAUCCGUUAGAAGGGACAGACAUCCACCUCCACUUCCCUGCUGGAGCCGUCACCAAGGAUGGCCCCUCUGCCGGUGUCACCAUAGUAACCUGCCUAGCCUCGCUGUUUAGUGGCCGGCUGGUCAGAUCAGACGUUGCCAUGACGGGGGAGAUCACGCUAAGGGGGCUGGUAUUGCCGGUGGGCGGGAUCAAGGACAAGGUCCUGGCGGCGCACAGGGCGGGAGUGAAGCGCGUCAUCCUCCCGAAACGUAACGAGAAAGACCUCGAGGAGCUUCCAGCCAACGUCCGAGCCGACCUCGACUUUGUCACCACCGGAAACCUGGACGAGGUGCUGAGUGCCGCCUUCGAUGGAGGGUUCCCCGGGACAACCAGCACACACACACACCCUCAGCUGACCAGCAAGCUGUAAUAAUAGGAGAGAGACAGAGUGUGUCAUCUUUGAGCUUGGACAGUGUGUUGUCUAACAAUCUAACAAGUUUUUCUCUGAUAUGCAGUAGCAAAUCAAGUUAUUGAUCUGUAAACCUGUUUUAAGGCUCUUUACUGUUGAGAUUCAAUAUGAAAGUAUCAGUACAUCUUCAUAUUACCUACUAACACAAAAACCUGUAAGAGGAUUUACUUCCAUGGACAGUGAACAACCAGUCUGUGUUGUAUAAAGUUACAUCACAUAUUGGCACAGUACAGCUACUCACUGCUCCUGUUGACCAGCUCACUUACUGGCUGCUGUUUUCUUGGCUGUUUAUAUUAUAUUAAUAGCACUGUUGUAGCCAAGUCAAGAGGAUGUUAGCUUAUUAAUGUCAUAACACACUGGUGAGCACUAAUUUAGCUGGAUGGAUUUCUUAAUUGUUAUAGAAUGUUUGUGUGAGCAAAGCACUGUUGAUGUGGAGAUGGUUUCUGUGCAGUAUGUGAUGAUGAUCACAUGGUUUCAGGUGACCUGUAGUCUGUGUCAUCAAGGUGGUUUAACUAAGUCUGACUCUCUUUGGGUUAGCUGGCUUCACUAAGCCUAACGUCGGUGCUCCUGGAUAACCCCUGACAUGACGCUAGAGCACGUUCUUAAUUACAAGCAACAACAUGGGAAACAUAAGUGGUGUUAAUAUACAGUAACAUGACAGGAAAUGUUGAUAAUUUGAUUAUUGCAGCAGCAGAUAACAGAGUGUUCACUAUUUUAUUUUCAAUUAUCAUCACAAAGUCACCUCAUGCUAUUCUGAGCUGCAUCGAUGGAAUAAGUGUGAUUUUAAAAUGCAGAAAAGUGGAAAGUGGAAUAAAAAUAAUAAAUAAUAAAAAUAGCUUCCGUAACUUUGA